CACCUUCCGCAGGUCUGUGUUGUGCACUGUCGUAAUCCAUCCCAGAUCUGCUCCGCCUAAUCCGAGAGCUGCGUGAGAGUGAGACCCUGUUAUCUCCGGCCGCCACAGGAAACGCCAUUGCUGCUCCUGCGAUCUCCUCCAUCAACGCUUCUCUUUUAUUGAUGUGAUCUGUUCUGCGUGCUUCUCCUGCUCCAUCAAGCUUCUGUUCUGUUUUGAUUUGGGUAAGAAAUUGGGGUUUGUUAGAAGAAAUUGGGGACUAGGUUUCUGGAAGGUUACAAGAAAAUAUUUGACAAAGAAAAUAUUCACGAAGCUAUUGCUGCUCCAAAAUUAUCAUCUGAAAGAGGGACCAAAGGAUUUAUUUUGCUUCUCCAGUUGGUGGCAAUAGCUUUGGAAGAUAUGAAGUUGCCUUCCAAAGCAAAUCAGUGGUACCUUUCCUGUAUACACUCUAGCAGCUAUCUCAAACUUGAUGUCUGAAAACGGCAUACCAAGUACGGCCAGGAUACUAAGAUUAUCACCUCUUUCUCCCUCUUGGCCUCUACACUACACAGAAACCAUUGGCUUCUUUUGCCUUCUACCUCAAUUAGCAGUCCCUCCACCCAUCUACGUCCUUGUCAGCAAGCACUACUUUCUCUCCUCCCCCUUCAUUGACACUUAUCUGUUCUUUCAAUGUUAUAUAUCCAUUAUGAUUACCCUUGCAAUCUAUGUUAGGUUAUGGUCACCAUUUCUAUUUUAAGCUUUCCUUAAAUUAUUCAACAGGUGCCUCUGAGCUGCCUAUAAUGUAAUUGAAUUAUGCUAGUUAUAUUUCAAGUCCUCAUUCUCUAACCUCAAUGAACAACAUCAUCAUUCUGUUGUCAUACUCGCCUCCUGCAUGGGCAACUAUUAUUGCUGCUGCCUUUCUUCUCCUCACUCUCACUCUGUCUAUGUAUCUUCUAUUUGAGCAUCUUUCUGCAUACAAGAAUCCUGAGGAGCAGAAGUUUUUGAUUGGAGUUAUCCUAAUGGUCCCCUGCUAUUCAAUUGAAUCUUUUGUAUCAUUGGUCAAUCCAUCAAUCAGUGUGGAUUGUGAGAUUUUGAGGGAUUGCUAUGAGUCAUUCGCCAUGUAUUGUUUUGGAAGAUACCUUGUUGCCUGUCUAGGUGGUGAGGAAAGGACCAUUGAAUUUAUGGAAAGAGAAGGACGGGCUACUUUUAAAACUCCUCUUCUGCACACUUCUGACAAGGGAACCGUAAAACAUCCUUUUCCUAUGAAUUACUUCCUUAAACCUUGGAUACUUGGCCGAAAGUUUUACCAAAUUGUGAAAUUUGGUAUUGUACAAUAUAUGAUAAUAAAGUCGUUGACUGCAAUUACGGCGGUGAUUCUUGAAGCGUUUGGAAUAUACUGUGAAGGAGAAUUUAAAUGGGGAUGUGGGUAUCCUUAUAUGGCCAUAGUUUUGAACUUCAGUCAGUCUUGGGCAUUGUACUGCCUUGUUCAAUUUUACACUGUAACAAAGGAGGAGUUGGCACAUAUACAGCCAUUGGCCAAAUUUUUGACAUUUAAAUCAAUUGUCUUCCUCACUUGGUGGCAAGGUGUGGCAAUUGCUCUUCUAUAUACCUUCGGUUUAUUCAAAAGCCCCAUAGCGCAGGGUUUGCAGUUCAAGUCAAGUGUCCAAGAUUUCAUCAUUUGUAUUGAGAUGGGCAUUGCUUCCAUAGUUCACCUGUAUGUGUUUCCAUCCAAGCCUUAUGAGCUAAUGGGAGACCGCCUUCCUGGAAGUGUUGCAGUUCUUGGAGAUUACUCUGCUGAUUGUCCUCUUGACCCUGAUGAAAUCAGGGACAGUGAGCGACCCACAAAACUGCGUCUUCCUACUCCAGAUGUUGAUGCCAAGAGUGGGAUGACAAUUAGAGAGAGCGUUCGGGAUGUUGUUAUUGGUGGUGGGGGAUAUAUUGUGAAAGAUGUUAAGUUUACGGUCCAUCAAGCUGUGGAGCCUGUGGAGAAGGGGAUUACUAGGUUCAAUGAAAAAUUACACAAAAUCUCCCAAAAUAUUAAGAAGCAUGAGAAGGAUAGAAGAAGAACAAAGGAUGAUAGUUGCAUCGUGUCAUCAUCGUUAUCACCAGCUGCGAAGAAGGUGAUUCGAGGAAUUGAUGAUCCGCUCUUGAAUGGCAGUAUUAGCGAUAGUGGGGUAUCGAGGGGGAAGAAGCACCGUCGGCAAUCUGGAUAUACGAGUGCUGAGAGCGGAGGAGAGAGCAGUAGUGAUCAAAUCUACGGUGGUUACCAGAUUAGAGGCAAUAGGUGGGUUACCAAAGAAUAACGAAUGCAUGCUAGAUUUUGUUGGUUAAUGCCUAUAUGCCUAUGCUAGAUUUUGUUGGUUAAUGUAUGUGAGGUAGUUUUUAGAUAUAAGUGGAGCUGGGAGGAAAUAAAGUGUUGCAUACUUUCAUUCUUAGUGCUUUCUUAGGCUUUUUUUUUUUAAAUAAAUAAAAUAUAGUAUUUAUCAAUUUAUACAAAUAUGAAAUUAUUUAUAUUUUUA